CGAUUCUUCGAAACGGAAAGCUUGAACCCGGGUCAUCCAUCAUCAUCUCUGAUCUCUGUGUACAUCUCCCAAGAGGCCAAGAAUCCAGUAACCAGCGACCAACGACCAGAUCUGCAGCUUCUAUCACCUUUAGAUAUACCGAAGAAACCCAGCAGACAUGUUCAAAAAAUUUGACCCCAAGGAGGAUAUCGCAAGCUCGACCUCGCUCAAGUCUUCGGUCCAGCGUCAUAUCAGGACGUCCAUAUGCGAGCAGAUCCCAUUCUUGACCCGACCUGCUUACACCGAAGCGUCAACGACGGGCGACGCAUCAGCCGCGGCCGUCGAGCCUGAAGCACAAGCUGAAGAAGCGGCCCCGGUGGAGCAGGUAGAGGAAAAGACAAAAGGUGGGAAAGGGGGCAAGAAGAAGGGCGGUGGAAAGAUCGAGAAGAAGGGUAAAGGCAAGAAUGCAGCGGACGAGAAGGAGGAGACGGCAGGAGGACCUCAAGAGCCAUUGCAGGUCAUUGAUGAGAUCUGGGCAAAGAAGGAGGCCAUUGCUAUCACGAAGUGCCGUGAUCAUAUCACCAUCUAUACUCUGGACAGUACACCUUUGAUCUUCCAACACUUUGACGGGCCUCUCGUACCGACCCUGAAGGUUCUGCAUCAAUACCCAGACAUGCUGCCCAAAGUCCGCAUAGAUAGGGGUGCAAUCAAGUUCCUGCUAGCUGGCGCCAACAUGAUGGCUCCCGGUCUACUAUCGGCAGGAGGAGACCUGCCAGCCGGUCUUCCCGCCAACUCGAUCGUGGCUAUCCACGCCGAAGGCAAAGAGUCUGCCGCGGGGAUCGGUAAAUUGACGGCAAGCAGCGAAGAGAUUCGAAAGGCCGGCAAGGGAGUUGCUGUCGAGGUCAUGUGUUACCUCGGUGAUGAUCUCUGGAAGGUUGACAAGCUGUAAUUUACGGUCUACCCAUAUACAUAAGAGGGUUGUGACGAGUGAAUCUCGCUUUCGGCGCAUAACAGAUGUAGAUCAAAGAUUACGACGAAGCCAUACAGUGCUUGACACGGACAUAACAUAUCAAUAAUGAUGACCGUCGACGAUAUCGAGUAGCUGAGUAGCGUAGUUAAAGAUACCUAUUGCAGCCAGAUAACCAUACCGACGCCAAGGCACCCGAGAUUGCUUCGUCCGCCUAAGAUGACAAUUCGCCGACCGAAUCGAAUGUGCCGACCUGGCUGGCGAGCUUGG